CUUGAUUUAUUAUCACUUACAGUCUGAAGGCUGAACUACACACAAAAUUCAAAUUCAUAAAUGGCAUCGUUAUCAGAAAUUGAUGAAAAUCGGAAUACGUAUACGGCGGAUGAAGAUAGAGGUUCCUACAUUUCAAUUCCACAAUUUUACGCUGGCAGGAGUGUAUUCAUUACUGGAGGCACCGGUUUUGUGGGAAAGAUAUUGGUGGAAAAACUCCUGCGAUCGUGUCCAGAUAUCGAAAACAUCUAUCUGUUGAUGAGGCCAAAGCGUGGUCAAGAAGUUGCAGCUCGAUUAAACGAUUUACUUAAUUCGACCAUCUACGACACCGUCCGUAGUGGAAAUUUACAUGCUUUGAAGAAGGUCGUUCCGAUUUUUGGCGAUGUAACCCAUAUGCAGCUGGGUAUAUCGGAUAGUGAUCAAGAAUUGCUCUGCCGAAGAGUAUCCGUCGUGUAUCAUUUAGCCGCAACAAUUAAAUUUGAUGAAAAAUUGAAGCUGGCGGUUAAAAUCAAUAUGUUGGGUACAAGGAGUUUAUUGGAACUAUGUCAUCGGAUGGUGCAGUUGGAUGCUCUAGUGCAUGUAUCCACAGCAUAUUGCAAUUGCGAUCGAAGCGAUAUUCAAGAAGUUAUCUAUCCGCCACCAUACGAUCCAGCCAAUAUUAUCAGUUUAGUAGACUGGUUGCCCGAAGAUGUUUUGGAUAAACUCACUCCGUCGUUAAUUGGCCAACGACCAAACACAUACACAUUCACUAAGGCCCUUGCUGAACAGAUGAUACUUAAAGAAGCGGGACGUUUGCCCGUCGCUAUUGUUCGUCCAUCAAUAGUGGUUGCUUGCCAUAAUGAGCCGACACCUGGUUGGUUGGACGGUUAUAGUGGACCAAAUUUCCUAACCGUAGCUAUUGGAAAUGGUCUACUGCAUACAAUAAUUUGUGAGGGAGACUUCAUAAGUGACGUAAUUCCAGUUGAUUUUGUAAGCAAUAUGAUGAUAACAGCAGCUUGGCGAAUUGCAACCACAAAAUCUCACGACAUUAAAGUGUUCAAUUGUGUUAACGGCAACCGACAACCGAUAACAUGGCAAGAAUUCGUCACUAGAUCGGUAACAUAUAUGAUCGAAUAUCCAAUGGAAGGCGCUAUUUGGUAUCCAACCACUGUACUGCAUACGAACCGAUUUAUUCAUACGAAGGUACAAUAUUUGGUUCAUUACCUGCCAGCAUAUGUGCUGGACUUUAUAUCAUGGUCAAUGCGCAAGAGACAAAUUCUGGUCAAAACGCAAGAACAGCUAACGAAAGCAGCCCAAUGCUUAGAGUAUUUCGUAACACAUCAAUGGCAUUUUACCGAUGAUAAUGUGCGUGAACUGUUAACACAUAUGAGUUCCAGCGAUCGUACUAUCUUUCAGUUCGAUGUUACGCAAAUCAACUGGAAUUCAUUCUUUAAAUCAUACGCAUUGGGUUUGAGAACAUUUCUGCUCAAGCAAAAUCCAAAGUCGUUGUCAAAGAGUAGAAGGAAAAUGACAAGGUUAUAUUUGUUGCAUCAAACGUCGAAGGUCGUUUUAGCAACACUCUCAAUUGUGUACAUAUGGCGAUUUUUUGUUUAUUUAGGUGGCGCUUUUUGAUCAUCGUUCAGUGAAAAUACAAUGGACUCACGGCAGAGUAAAAUAAACCAGGCAGGAGCGGUUCUCUUUCGAAACGUCAAAUAACACACUGUAUGA